AUGGUGCAGCAGGCCGAGGGCGGCCCCCGGCAGGGCGGGCCGUUCGCGCCGGCGCAGGCCCCGCAGCCCGCGUCGCAGCAGGCGCAGGCGGCGCGCCUCGCGCAGCGCCCGCAGCCGCAGUAUCACCACGCGCGCCGCGACGACAAGCAGGCCGACGCCUUCCAGAACCCCCCCGCGCCCAACGCCGCGGGGGGCGCGAUGCAGCAGCCGCAGGCGCCCGCGUCGCUCCCGCCGGCCGCGCUCGCCACGGCGCCGACGGUGCUGUGGGACGCGGCGGGGGCCGCCGGCGACACGGGCAGCGCCCUCAUCGGCAUGCUCCUCGGCAUGAGCGCGUCCGCGCAGGCGGCGAUGCAGGGCGCGCCGCUGCUGCACGCGCAGCCGCCGGCGCGCGGACAGGCGGCGCCCGGCCCGGCGAGCGCGGCCGCGACCGCCGCGCAGCAGGUGCUGCCCUACAUUCAGCAGAUCUCGACGGCGCUGCGUGCGAUCCAGCAGCAGCAGCAGCAGCAGCAGCAGCAGCAGCAGCAGCAGCAGCAGCAGCAGCAGCAGCGGCAGACGCAGCAGCAGAAGGCCCCGUCGAACGAGCCGUCGGUGCCGACGGGCGGCAACGGGUCCGGCGACGGGUCGGGCAACGCUGCUGCGGUGACGCAGCAGCAGCCGCAGAACGGCAGCGGCACGGUGCCCGCGCAGGCGGCGGGCAACCAGCAGCACAGCGGGCUGCCGGGGUCUGGGUCGGACACGUUCUCGCAGUCGCGGACCGCGGGCGACGGGCAGAGCCCGCGCGAGGGUGCUGUUGCCGGUCAGCAGGCGCUGCUCAGCAACGCGGACAUGGCCGCCGGCGCCGCGCAAGCGCUGCAGUUUUUCACGACCCUCUUCAUGGCCGCGCAGGGGCAGGGUGCCGGCAUCGCGGCCGCCCCGGGGGUCGUCGGGGCCGGGCGCGACGCUGCACCGUCCUCGACGCGCGCGCGGCGCAAGCACGCGCGCCACGCGGACGGCGCGGGCGGCGACGGCCAGCGCCGCGGCGGCAACAAGGUGCGCCGCACGGACGCCCGCGCGACGGCCGGCGGCGGCAGCGGCGAGGAGGAGCAGCAGGGGUCUGGCGGCGACCAGGACGAGGCUCAGGUCAACGUCAACCAGAGCAGCGGCGCGGGGCGCGAGGGCUCCAACGAGGCCGGUCGCCUGCAGGGCAGCAACCCCGGCAGCAACCCGGGGAGCGACCCUGGGUCGAACAACGCUGCGGACGACAAGUCCAACCACUCGGAGGCCACGCGCGCGACGUGCAACGGCGCAAGCGGGCGGGCCUCGCCGGUGCGCACGUCGGGCGACAACGCGCACCUCCCCGUGCCCGAGGCCGCCACGACGGAAACGGCGAUGGGCACCACGCAGACAAACACCAACCCGGGGAUGGGCGCCACCCAGACCGCGAUCGCGAGCCACGCGGCGCGCGCGCUCGGCGUGAUGCUGCGCGCGUCGGGCCCCGCCAGCGACGCUGGGGUCAAGGUGGUCUCUGCGGAGGGCAACGCGCCCGCCCAGCCCGCCUCGGACGAGAAGGGCGUCGACGCGCCCAUGGCCGACACCGCGGCGCCGUGCGACGCCGCCGAGGCGAUGAUCGUCGAUGCCGCGGACUGA